CUGAGACCAAGUUUGGGCCCGGAGGAGGGUUUCGUCCGUCUUGUUCCAUCCGCACUGCGACAGUGCAGAACAAGACAGCCUCCUCUGAGGCGCGCGCGGAUCCACCUGAUUAGUCACGUGAAAUGGGAUUAAACUGAGAUUAAUAAGUCAAAUUGAGAGAGAAUGUUUAGCGUCGGUGUAUUAGGAAGAUCCACGGCGUUUUGUGCUAGUCACAUUACAGAAAUAGGCUCAGCUCACCUUCAUCUGUCAGAGGACAACCGCCACAGAAAUGCCAUUCUCUACCCUCCCACUGAACGACGGGACUAAGGUCCCACAGCUUGCGGUAGGAACAGGAACAGCUUUAUUCAGGCGUGAUGCUGAGGAGGCUGUUCUGCUCGCUCUUAACAAUGGAAUCUAUCACAUUGAUGCGGCUCAAGUGUAUGGGAACGAGGAAUCUGUAGGCAGAGCUUUGGCGAAAGCCAAGAUACCCAGAGAGAAAUUGUAUAUCACCACGAAGGUCGAAACAGGUCCCCCGUUGGAUGGGCUUAAAGAAUCCCUCAGGAAGCUCCGUCUCAACUAUGUAGACCUCUAUCUCAUUCACCACCCGUCAAACAUCCCUGACGUUGUAGGAGCCUGGAAAGAGUUGGAAGAGGCUAAGAGGCUUGGGCUCACGAAGUCCAUCGGCGUCUCGAACGCUACAGUCUCUCACCUCCAAGUGAUAGCGGCGUCCUCCACAACUGUACCUGCUGUUAACCAAAUAGAGUUUCAUCCAUACAAUCUCGCUUACGAGGCGCCCGUAGUAGCGUAUGCAGCCACGCACAACAUUGUCAUAGAAGCUUAUUGCUCGCUAUACCCGAUUACGAGAAGGCCCAAUGGACCAGUCACCAAGGCCCUAGAGGGUCCCUCCGAAAGGCUCAAAGCGACGCCAACGCAAGUCUUGUUUCAGUGGGUGAAGGCGAAGGAUGCUGUUAUUGUCACGACCACAUCGAAGCAAGAACGAAUCGAGGAGUACCUAGCAGCUGGCGACCUUCCUGCCCUGACUCAGGAGGAGAUCGAGGUGAUUGACAAUGCUGGUCUCUCUGAUCCUUCCAGACGAUGAGAAAUGAAACGUAAGGGCAAAGCUGGGAGUACAGAAACGUGAAACGGGUACACUAGCAUAGACUUGGCCCGGUAAAUGUAUGAAUAUUACAUGCAAAUGAUGAAGGGGGAUAGUGUAAAAUGCAAGUCUGG